CUGUGUAUCACUCCUUUGGUGUUUGUGUACGUCAUGUAAGGCGCAAUAUAAUGAGACGACAAAUAAUGAUGUAUAAAAACAACAAUAAUCAUGGAUAUAUCAUAUCAGUGUUCUACAGCGUGACGCGCGCAAUCCCGCGGUUUGUUGGACAAAAUUAUACAUAGUCGUUUGCUUGAAGCGCAUUUAACUUUAUUUUGUUUGAUAUUUCUUUGUUUUUGCAGCUACGUCAAUGCCAUGGCUUCCGUUGAUUUGCAAGAAAAGGCAAAUUUUGCAAGACUUAGUAGACUUUUGGUAGACAAAGGAACUGAAGCUUUGAGAAGUACUUUAGAUGCAAAACAUCCACCUGCUAACCUUCCUGCUGCUCUUAAUGCCAACAAAACGUCCCUUCUAACGUUAAAGGUACCUGUAAAGCGAAAGCCUCGAGUUAUAAAUGACACCCAGUGGGAUUUACUGUUUCCUCCGUCCGGCAACCCGCCAGAUUCAAAACUCUUUGAUGUCACAUUGCUCACGGUUCUUUUGCGGAACAUUUGUGGCUUACCCUGUCCCGCAACAGGAUGGGAUAGGAUGCCCAACAAAGGAGAUAGAACUGUGUCAGCAAAUAUCACAAGAGUGAAGUUAUUCAGAAAUGAAGUUUAUGCCCAUGUCUCUUCAACUCGAGUGGAUAAAACAACAUUUGAAUAUUUAUGGCAGGAAAUUUCCCAGGCAUUGGUCGAUUUAAACAUUCCACAACAGGAGAUCAAUGAUUUGAAAACGGGUUUAUUGGGUCCUGUAGAAAAAAAUUACGUGCAGAUAAUAACGGAAUGGAUCUCAAAAGAUGAAGAUUGUAAGAAUAUGCUGGAGGAGUUCCAAAAACAACUCACCCAGUCAAAUUUACAGCAACACGAUUUACAACAAUCCAUGCAACAUUUGGAACAAGUUUCCCAGAAAACCUGGGAUGGGGUACAAGAACUCCGUCAGGCUAGUUUGAGCCAAAGUGAAAGCGAGAACGCACUGAAAACUCUGGCAAAGCAUAAUUUCAAAACCAAAAUAAGACGUAAAGUCAAGUUAUUUCACCCUGGCACAAGAGAUUGGCUAUUAAAGGAGGUUGAAAAUUGGUUUACAACCGAAAACGAAUCAAGAUUAUUGCUUAUAACUGCCGGACCUGGGUUUGGCAAAAGCGUGUUCGCGGCAAAAGUUUGCGAAAUCUUUGAAGACAAGGACCAAUUGGGUGCUUGCCAUUUUUGUGAUUUUAGCGAUUCAAACUUAAAAGAUCCUAUGAUAAUGCUGGAGUCUAUCGUAAGCCAUAUGUGUGCAAAUGUUCCUGGCUUUAAAGAAAAGCUUCUUGAUCACUUAAACCGACAUCAUAAAGUCAACAGCUUGAAGGAUGCUUUUCAAAUAUAUUUGCAAAAUCCGCUUGACGAGUUGGAAGUAGAACCCAGAUUAAUUGUGAUAGAUGGCUUGGAUGAAAGUGCGACCGAUGGUAAAAGCGACAUGAUGAAAUUGAUUGCUGAUCAUUUUCCAGAUCUUCCGAAGUGUGUGAAGGUGAUGGUGACUAGCAGGCCAGAACUUUUCAUAGAAAGAUUGAGCCAUAUUCGGAUGAUGAAAAUUGAGCCAAAUGAUGAGAAAAAUAAAUCAGAUCUUCUACAAUAUCUAAACGUUUGCCUUCCAUCUAUUGCAGCUAGAGAUGGAGGAAAUCCGUCAACAAAAUCCCAUCAUUAUGACUCGCAUUUUAAAAUCGUUCCUGCUAUUGUUGCAAAGUGCGAGGGUUCAUUUCUGUAUGCGUUUCACGUUCAAAAUGAGUUGCUUAAGCGUGAAAAUCGUGACACUAUGACGUGUAAAGAGAUCAUGUCCUUUCUUCCUGAAGGAAUGGGUUCUGUAUACUAUGAAUAUUUUCAUCGCCUUGAGGUCGAGCUUAAAGAAAUAAUGGACGAAAAACCAAAUCUGUAUAAGCUAUUGGAACUGUUUGUAGCUGACAAAAAAAUUUUUCUUUUGGAGUUCGUAGCUCGCGCUCUUGAUUUAGAUCGUGAUUGUCGUGAAACAAAAAGAAUUAUCGAUAAAGUCAACGAAGCUGUAUCGUGUUUGCUGUUUGUUUCGAAUGGCGUUGUGACCGUUUUUCACAACUCCGUAUAUGAUUGGCUGCUGGAAAACGGCUACGAACGUCACGAGUAUACUGUGAAAAUCAGCAAUGGUAAAAGACGACUGUGGCUAAUAUGCGAACAGAUCUUUGAAGAAGUAAAAAUGGAAGUUAGCUCAAGUCUUGAUUUGAAGCUAACGAAGGAAGUGACGUAUGCUCUGGAAUGCGGGUAUGAUUAUCUACUGGCGUGCAGUAUGUCGGAAAGUCUUCGUUGGCUUGUCGAUAUGGUAAUCGUGCAUGUUCAAACAGCUGUCCACCCCCAAAGUACUGGUGAUAUUCUAUGCAUGUUAAGCGAGGUUCUUCACAGUAAUGUAAAAACAAGCCUUAAAUUACGACAACGCAUUUCGUGGCAUCUUUUUGAGGUUAGCAGUCUGGAUAAGUUUAAUCAACAUUUUUCGUAUUUAGAAAGUGUCCUUGCACGUUCCCCGGAAGGCUUAUUCACAGAUGACGAGAAGGGUAUUGCGAAAGCGCUUGUAGCAAAAUCCCCCCCGUGUGUGAAGCGUAUUUCGGUUGGAACGAAAACUGUGAGCCUGCCUCUAGCCAAGCUUUUUCUAUCCGCUAUUUCAGCCGUUGGUGCGUCUUCCAAUAAAAAGUUAACUGCUGUUGCAUUGGAAGAUGGAACAAUCUGUGUUUUAAGCUUACCAGAACUAGUACUACUAUGGCAGUAUUCGUCUAAGAACGAGAACAUUUCUUGUUGCACCUUUACUCCAGACGAUUCGUCCGUUUUAUACGGAAAAUUAGAAACGGCACUUAACAUUGCUGAGAAGAAGGAAGUGUCAUUUUGGAAAGGAGAGGAUGUAAAGGGGGUGACGUUCAAGUUUUGUGCAUUUUCUCCAAGUGGUAAUAGGUUGGUGACCAACGAUGGUUCAAGCACUGUGAAGUUAUGGGACGUUAGUGGACAAUGUUUAUUGGCAGAUCUUUGCGCAGAGGAUUGUCUUGACUUUUGCGGUUUUAGCAACACCGGACUUUUUAUUAUAGCAGAUGAGAAAAAUGCAGAGGAAGAUGCUUAUUGUGUGUGGAACGCCAUUACAUUCCAGAGAGUCGAUCAAAGAAGCUUGUUUGUUUCCAAACUUAAAAAACUUGGUGGUGUUCCAAAAAGUGAAAGGUGUAAUCAUUGUGCUUGCCAGCAAUAUAGAGAAUUAUUUCCUUCUAAAAAACUAGAAAUCAGUCCCUGUGAGCAGUUAAAUCGGCGAGGAAUUUACAACGGAAUGGACUGCAUUUUUUAUUUGUACUCACAGUCUUUGCGUGUUAUUGAAUGUACUCAUUUUACGACGCUUGCAGUAUGGGAAAUUUUUAUCCGGAUAGAUGGCCAUUUUACUAUCGUUGAUAUUACGGCGAUUGAAGACGAUCUUUGGUUGUACGCCGAUGAAACAAAGUUGACUGUCUUUAAGACAGCCCGACCGAAAGAACAUCAAUCCUGUCUGUCACUUCCGACACGUGUUGUUUGGUGCUCAUUUUCUCCCGAUGGCACUCGACUUGCCUCCUGUACAUUAGAUGGAUUUAUCAACAUGUGGAAUGUCGAUACGUGUCAAAUGUAUCAACUUUUUAGAGAUAAUGUUGGAACAUCCGAAGUUGCAUGUUGGUGGUCAGAUAAGGACCUGUUUGUUUGCCAUAUAUUUGACGAUAUCCUUUGCUUAUCAAAAUAUCCAGUUGAUGAGAACUUUAAGAUCAUGAUCACUCAGGGACAGCUAGUGGAAAUAUGUACCCUGGAGAAAUUUUCGUCAAUUUCAAGAGUCCUAGACUUUUCUGAAGGUUACCUUCUCGUUAGUUGCAGAAUGGACUCUAUUAAAGUUUACGAUGUCAACAGGAUUGAGCACGUACGCCCACUUGACGUCUUGCCGGGAUAUGAACCUGCGAUGAGUAUUAUAGUUUCGGUCGGUGCAUCUUUCGUUUUAGGUUACAGUGACAAACGUAUUAUUCUUUGGAAGAGAAGUGAAACUCAUUCAACCGUUUAUACCGUUUAUGAAGUCUUCUUUUGUCACGAUCUUGAAACUAAGAUCUAUAAUCGUCUGUGUUGUUUCAGUAAUGAUUUGAAAUACGCUGUGAUUUGCUAUACAAUGUCCCAAAAACGACGCUACGCUGUUAUUAAUCUUGAUACUCGUAAAAUGGUAACCGACGAUAUCCAAGUGGUUGACGCACCUGAUGAUAUGUCCACCAAUGUUAUGAAAGUGUUUUCUACCGAUACGGUUGUUAUUGUUGUAAGUCCGUACUUAAUAGAAAUUUUUGAUUUGGGAACUUGGAAGCGCCUUGCGUUUUUUCAUAACGAUAAUCUUAACAUAAGCUAUUUAUGCCACUCCAAACUGUCUCCUAAUGGAAGUGUGCUAGCGGUUCCUGACAGCUUUGGUGAUAUGGAAUUCUUUCAAUUACGCAUUCCGAAGUGAUCUUCAAUACGGAAUAGACUGAAAAGAUUGUAAAGAAUACAUGAUACCGAUUUUCGUCCUUACCAGACCGUGGAAUUAAUUGAAAAGAAGACAAAAGUUUAUGUAGUGGAGAACAACAUGUGUAUUUAUCGUUGCAAUCACGAUGCGAAUCUCUUGUGGCCUUUUGAAACAACCGUUUACUUUCAUAGUAAUGUCAGCAGACCCUGAAUUGGUAAUUGAUGGAGUGUAAUUGAAGUAUAGAAAUUGGGUGUCGAUGAUCUUUUGGGAAGCGGUUAGACUUUGCUUGGAGCCAGUCUAAAAUGGAGAGGUGAGACGUCUCCUUCCCUCCGCUAGUCUGGGAGUUCACCUUGGGCACGUGAUAGCACUCCAUAUAGCCCCCCUUACCUGGGUUACGGUUCUGGUGUUUGUCUUAGAGAAGUCAAUCCAAUGCAGCCGUUGUAUCAAGACGUGAAAAUCUGUGAUUUAGCGUU